UCAGGGGAGUGUCUUAUACAUUUAGUUCCUCAAGGAAGUACAAGUCAAAUUAUCUUGUUACAUUGGACUUGUUACAGCACAAGAGAGUUUUUAGAGGAGUUUUCUUUGAUUUCACCUGUCUGAGGAGAUUAUUUCAUCACACACGCGCUGGAUUUCAACCACCUGAUCUGAGCGCAGAGGGAGGACAGAGAGUUUGAACAGAAGAGGGAGAGUGAACGAGAGAAAAGCCAGAUAUGGAGACGUUUAACUCCAAGGACAUGGCUCUCAAGGCCCAGAAAAAGAUCCUGAGCCAAAUGGCCAACAAGUCUGUGGUGCAGAUGUUUAUCGACGACACCAGCAGUGAGAUUCUAGAUGAGCUUUACCGUGUGUCAAAAGAGUACACUGGAAACCGCUCAGAGGCCCAGAAAGUGGUGAAAGACCUCAUUAAGGUGGUGGUGAAGAUAGCGGUCCUUUUCAGGCACAAUCGAUUCAAUGAUGAAGAGCUAAAGCUGGCCCAGAAUUUCCAAAAGAAAUUACGACAAGGAGCCAUGACAGCCAUCAGUUUCCACGAGGUAGAAUUCACAUUUGACAAGGGGGUUAUGUCAGGGAUCCUGAAAGAAAGUAGGGACAUGCUUCUGAAACUUGUAAAUACUCACCUCACAGCAAAAUCCCACGGACGCAUCAAUCACGUCUUCAACCAUUACGCUGACCCUGAGCUCCUCACCCAGCUUUACAACCCAGCUGGUCCCCUCAAACCCCACCUCACCAAAAUCUGCAACGGGCUUAACAAACUGCUGGAGGACGGGACGUUAUGAGGACAGCGAAGCACUGACAGACUUUUACAGGAUUGGCAUUGAGGGCCACCCGUGAUCUCAAACUGCAUACAAUGCAACCAAAAAGGCAGAAAGUGACUGACUGAAGGCAUUGGACUUCAGUUCAACCUUUGAAAUAGUGUUACUGUGCUGUUAAUGAAUAUUCAUUCAGUGGUCUGAUAGUGUUAACACAGCCACAACCACUGCCUGGGCGAGCUCAGAUCAAAUGUAAAAAUAUCGUCUGAACAAUUUUUUAAAGCUCUGACACUCCAGCUGCAUUGAAUGGAGGUUUUCUAGACUACUUAUUUUGUAAUAAUGAUGUUUAAACCACAGGGAUUCUGCCCACUCUGCUGUAAAUUAGAGUACAAUGUAUUGUUCAAUACUGUUAACAUUUUUGAGCUGAAUAUUUACCUCCCAGGACAACAAAAUAACAAGAACCAGAACACACAAACAUGUUUUAGUGAGGCACUCUCUUCACACUGCCAUCUAGUGUUACCCUGUGGUUAUGGCUAUGAUAUACAAAUCUAAGCUUGGCACUACACAUUCAGGAACUAUAUUUUGACAUGAACAUCUCUGAGGGGGAUCUGCUGUGUUCUGAAAGGGAACAACCACUAAAUAAAUAAAUAAAUAAAUAUCUACAGCCCUCACUCACUGCUUAUGUAAUUUGCAUACAGUGUUGCAAUAUACUACGAUACAAAAGUUUGUGGUAAGAUUUUUUAUGAAAAUACUUUCAUCAAGGACGCAUCAAAUUGAUCAAAAGUGACAGUAAAGACAUAUAUAAUGUUACAAAAGAUUUCUAUUUGAAUAAAUGCUGUUCUUUUGAACUUUCUGUUCAUCAAAGAAUUCUGGAAAAAUGUAUCACGGUUUCCUUGAGCACCAAGUCAGCAUAAUCGAAUGAUUCCUGAAGGAUCAUGUGACACUGAAGUCUGAUCACUGGCUGCUGAAAAUUCAGCUUUGCCAUCACAGGAAUAAAUUACAUAUUAAAAUAUAUUAAAAAUAGAAAGGUUAUUUUAAAUUGUAAUAAUUUACACAGUUUUUACUGUAAGCUAUACUGUAAUUGUAAAUGUAUUUGUAAAUGUAUGACUACAUUUUGUUGUUUAGAAAACAUUCAUAUUCAUAAUUAUUGUCUAAAAGUGUUCCAGGUUAGAAAUGCAUAUGAUUGAUGGAAUGCUGCAAUUCAGUUGUGACAUUAACUGAAUAACACAAUGUAUGCUUUAGUUACAUGUUACAAAGUGGCCGUUUUCAUGACACCGUUUUCAACUAAAACUGGAAAACUUUU